GUUGACGGUCCGGAACAGGCGGAUGGGUACCGAAACCGUGCAGGAGUCAAAGACGUCUUGGGUUGGUACGUUCGAGAGCGAUUGAGGUUGAGAGGUCGGUGUUUUCAAGAGUGAUUUCUCGCACCACUAUAAGUCAACCCCGCCAUCGCCCUUUCGAUUGGCAUGGUACCAACGCCCCUAGUCGAAACUCCAUCCCACCAUCAUUGCGGAUUGACGAAGACUAGUCUGGUCCGGUGCAGGGGGACGAGAAUUGCUCUCGAGCCUGAUCAUAUUGUGCGGGGUCAUGAAAACGGGAUCCUCCUUCGUAGCUUGACGUUUGAUCAGGUUAUGACAAUGCAGUGUGCCAACAGGCCAUUUGAACUUGCCUCUUCCCCCAAAUUCAUGGCCCUCGCCGACCGCCAAGUCCGGCCCAAAAGAAAACCAGUCGCGUCGUCGCGCAUACAAGCAAUGCCAUAGUACGACAGUCGUUACAAGUAUGCAAGACCCACCUACCGGCGAC